AUGUGUUUAAUGAAUCGACAGACAGACGUUUUGUCAACAGCCAGAGCAAUAAAUAAAGCAACCAUGAAUGUUAAGAAAAAUAAUAAUGUUUAUAUAACUUCAGUAGAUGAUACCCCGCAAAAGAAAAAAAGUAAUAAAAAUCAACCUUUACCUAAAUCUCCAUCUUCCGAUUCCUCAUGUCCUUGUUCCCCAUCUCCCGGUUCCAAAUCGUAG